AUGUGGAUGAAGCCGCUGGCUGGGGGAUCCAGAUGGGGGGCAGGACUGCCCGUAGACCCAGUCACGGAGGACUGCGGCAACGUCCAAUCCUGGUCAAUGCCAAAUGAGUUGUGGCAGCGCCUCGCUGGUGCCAUAAAGGGGAAAAAGGGAGCUGGGGAACUGGAACUGAGGGAUCGGGCAUGGAAUUGGGAUGGGAAGCUGUUGCUUCCAAAAACUUCGCCCCAGAAGGGCAAAUUACAUGGCGCUGCACAAUCUGGCUUCACAUGCCGCGAUGGCCAAGUGAUACCUAGCUUCAGUAGAUGUGAUGCUCAUAAGGAUUGUAACGAUGGCAGCGAUGAGAGCUUCGUUGAGUGCUUCAAGGAGAUCUGCCAGGAGUACAAGUGCUCAUAUGGUGGCUGCUACCAGGAAACCCAGCGUUGUGAUGGCAAAUUGGACUGUUGGGACGGAACAGACGAAACCCCAAGCCUUUGCAACAAAAAUCAAACUCAAAUGACUGCUGAAGAAAAGGUUUCAACGCCUAAAUGCCCAGAAAAUAGCUUGAAAUGUCAAUCAACAUCGGAUUGCGUGGAUUACAAGUACAUUUGCGAUGGCAUCAAGGACUGCCAGGAUGGCAGCGAUGAAACCAUUGCCAAUUGCCUAAUUUCCGAGUGCCCCAACAAUACAUUCCGCUGUGCCUAUGGAGGAUGCUUGGCGAUAAAUAAGGCAUGCGAUGGGGAAAUUGAUUGCUGGGACAAGUCGGAUGAGGAGUACGCCAUAUGCGCAAACAAUUUUAGAAAACUUGCGCCUGCAACACUAACUGAAGCCCGAAAUGGAACAAAUCGCACCACACCAAUGGUUUCAACCAAUUUAUUCGAUGUCAUCCGAAUGGUUGUUCAACAGUCGACGGGCUGCAGAAUACCGGGAAACCUGAAACACCUUCAGGUAAAAACCCUCUUUAAUGUCCUGCCCUAUAGGGUGGGUUCAGAAAUAGCAGACUUCACUGUAGUGCGAUUGAGUUGCUCCAACAGCACACUGCUGUUAGGUAGUGAUCUUAAUCUCUGCCGCAAUGGAAAGUGGCAAGGACCAUGGCCGGAUUGCGUUUCGCGGUGCCGCAGAGGGAUUUUUACCCGGAAUCCUUCAAUUCGAUCUGCCUGUCAUUACAACGGAGAUACUAGGGAUUGCACAGACAAUUCAAGCAAGUUGUUCAUUGGAACCUUGGCCAACGUAACCUGCGCUACAGGUUACAAGUCGAAGGGAAAGACUUCUUGGCAAACUCGCACCUGCGUGGAACUUCCAAGGGCUACCGCUCCGGUUUGGAUUCUUGGGAAGAAGCAAAAUCGCCUCCAAUGCGUUCCGGAGUGUGGCAUAAUAGUGCCUGGCGUAAAGGACACUCCUUGGACCGUGAGUCUAUUCACAAAUGCCUUGACCACGUCCAAGUUCUCCUUCAGAUGCCUGGGAAAAAUAAUUAGUGCUUUCUCGGUUCUUGUCGAGAAACAAUGCAUUGAUACAGUCGAUGUGAUGCGAUAUGCCAUUAUCAGUGGAGAGUACUUGGUGGCUUUUAAUGACUUUGAUGAGAGCCCCUAUAAGGUGCACUUCUUAGAGAGUAUAUAUAAAGGCUCACAAAAUGCCCUUGUCAGCACAGUUGAUCCUUUUAUAUUUUCCACCCUGCUGCGCCCAAUUUGCCUGCCUCCUAUUCCUGAGUGGUAUGCCCAGUCAUCGAGCACAACUGCCUAUACAACCUCAAAUGGCAUCAAAAUUACCUAUCUCAUUAGCAUCGAAGAUGACAUACGCGAGAAAAUAAAACUUAUACGCGAGUCCAACAGCCAAAGAGGAAAUUAA